AUGGUGGACCGGGUCGCCGUAUCCGUUACGCUGAGCGGCCUGAACGGGCUUUCGCUGGGUUUAGCUGGGAAGAUCCAGACCCCAUCGGUUCCUGGCACUCCCACUUUCAAGCACCCCGGCGGCGUACGGGCCGUUGUACGGCAGCGGCACUGGGAUCGGAACAUGGAAGAAGGAAAAAUGGGACGACGUGAGUACGAAGUCUCUAAUGAGCUGUGUUGCACUGCCGAGGAAACAUCCUGUGAAUAUUGGAAGGGCAAUAAGCAAAACCCAGCCAGGCGCCUCAGUGAACUUGCCUCUUAUCCUGAUGUUACCCCUCCUGAACGAUUUAACUUUAUGCACUCGGGUGCCUCCACCGGAUCUCCACCAGGUGAAGUCUCUGCUUCGGUCGGAGUCAUGGAGAGAAAUUGA